AUCAGCUCCACACUUUGCCACUCCAUCAUUGACAACAUUCAGCUCUUGCACCACCUUCCCUCUGACUGGGCAGGAUCAGGGAAUAUUACAGAGCAAGGUUCUGCUUUUGUCUGGAGUUGGAGAUGCUUCAUUCUCAGGCGCAGGUACUUGUGGCAGCUUUGUUUUCCUCUGUGCUGCUGGUGCAGGUCAGCAGUGCUCCACACAGGGACAUGAAGACAGAAAUGGCAAACUACGCAGAUGUAAAGGAUCUCACCCACUUGCUGCUGAAAUUUUUGCCUGAGUUGAUGUCAGGAAGAGCAGAACAGAUGUUUCCUGAGCUGGAGGAGGAUGAGAUGGGAGUCAGGGAGAAAGUGAUGCGGCGACACCUUCCCCUCUCUCAAAGGGAGCGCAAAGCAGGCUGCCGCAACUUCUUCUGGAAGACGUUCACCUCCUGUUAAUACAAGACAAGAGCUGGCAAAGCGAGAGUCAUCUUUUAGACGAGGCUGAUUGAAUCCAAGCGUGGUGACAGCUGUUGUGUCUACUGCUCUAAAACUAAUAGGGAUGUGUUUUUGAAGAUUGGCAGGGAUGUACACUAUGUUAAUAAAUAAUGUCGGAUUUAAUAGA